CCCCAAACUUUCUCUAUUUCAUUACAAAUUUUCUCUCAACUUUCUCACCUCCCAAACAAUCCGAAGACAUGUCAAACCAAUCUCAAACUCAACGCUACCAUAUUGGCUACGCCUUCACUCCCAAAAAAGAGAAAACCUUCACCCAACCGUCUCUCCUCGCCUGCGCAACCCGACGUGGCAUCGACUUAAUUCGCAUCGAUCCAAACAAACCCUUGAUCGAACAAGGACCGUUCGAUUGCAUCAUCCACAAAAUCUACGGUUCCGAUUGGCCUCUCCAAUUGCAACACUUCUCCUCCCAAAACCCUAAUGUUCCAGUAAUCGAUUCCCCUCACUCAAUUCAAAGACUCAACAACAGAAUCUCAAUGCUCAAAGUCGUCUCUCAACUGAAAAUCAAUUUCGAAAACGACACGUCGUUUGGCGUUCCGAAAGAGCUUGUCGUUUCCGAUAUGGUAAAUUUCGCGCUGACAUUAGACUUUCCGGUAAUCGCUAAGCCGUUGUUGGCGGACGGGAGCGUGAAAUCACACGAAAUGUAUCUGAUUUUCGCCACCGAAGGGCUUGAGAAAUUGAAAUUGGCGUCGCCGAUUGUCUUGCAGGAGUUUGUGAACCACGGUGGGGUUGUGUUCAAAGUGUACGUUUUGGGUUCACAUGUGGUAUGCGUGAGGAGAAAUUCGUUGCCCGAUAUCUCAGAGGAGAAGAUGAAAACAUUGAAGGGUUGUUUGCCAUUUUCGCAGAUAUCGAAUUUGUGUGAGAAUGAGAAGAAAAAGGGUGAUGAUAGUUGUAUUGAGAUGCCGUCUGAGAAUUUUGUCGUGGAAUUGGCUAAGGCGUUGAGAGAAGAAAUGGGGUUGAAUCUUUUUAACUUUGAUUUGAUUAGGGAUGGUGAGAGGUUUCUUGUCAUCGAUAUUAAUUAUUUUCCUGGGUACGAGAAAUUACCUGAUUUUGAAUCUGUUAUGACGGAUUUUUUGUUGGAUGUUGUGGAGAAGAAGCAUGUAGAGGUGGUCUAAGAGUGGAGAUGAAUGAAUUUCAGGUGAUAUGAUUUUUGGUGCUUAAAAAAUGAAAACCUUUGUUGCUAAUUGUAUAAAAGGAAUCAUCUAAUGG